AUGGUAUAUCAACAUUGCCCUUAUAGGAUACCCAAGAGGAUUAGAAAUGUAGCUUAUGCGUUGGAGCUACCGUCUGAAUUAGCAGUAGUACAUUCGGUAUUCCACAUUUCUAUGUUGAAGAAGUGUAUGGGAGAUCCUUCACUUAUUGUACCUACUGAGAAUACUGGUAUCAAGGACAACCUAUCUUAUGAGGAGAUACUCGUUCAAGUUAUUGAUCAUCAGGUUCGCAAGUUAAGAACCAAUGAGGUUGCAUUAGUCAAAGUUUCAUGGAGGAACCAAUUUGUCGAGGAAGCUAAUCGGGAGGCUGAUGAGGAUAUGAAGAGGAGAUACCCACAUCUCUUUCCUUCUGGAGAAAUUCCAAAUAAAGAUAGCAUGGCUAAGCUCGCAAAGAUGCCGAGGGCUAGAGCUACCAGAGUUAGGGGGGAGGCAGCCCCCGAGGUCAGAGUUGAGGCCCCAACUAGGGGUAGAGGUCGGGCUAGAGGCCGAGGACGUGGUCGAGGCCGUGCCAGAGGAGCGAUUGGAGUUGCUGCAGAGCAGGCUCCUGCGGGACAUGCACCCCCAGUUCAUGAUGACAGACUCGACAGGAUAUUUGGGUUAUUGGAGCGUCUUACUCAGGGUGCAGCAGGUAUAAUAGCGGGGUUACAAGCUGGGGUAGGGGCACAGGCCCCUGGUUAUCAGCAUCAGAUUCCAGUGGUUCCAGAGCCGGUGGUUCAGCCACCACAGGUUCCAGCACCGGUUGUAGGGGUACCGGCGGCCCUUGAGGUGGCCUUGGCAGAUGAUGACCAGGUCUGCUAUGAGCGGUUUCAGAAAAUGAAACCACCUCAGUUUCAUGGUGCUAAGACUGAUGAUGCUCACGAGUUUUUGACCUUGAGUCGAGAGAUGUUGGCGGCGAUACGCAUGUUAGAUGAGAGGGGCGUCCGAUUUGUGUCCCUUCAGUUACGCGGUGUCGCUAGGGAGUGGCUGAGGACCUUCAUGAGUUCGAGACCAGCGGGAUCUCCUCCCAUGGAGUGGAGUGAGUUUGCUAGUGCUUUCGAGGGUCGUUUCAUCCCUUGGAGUGUACAAGAGGAGAGCCGUAUGAGGUUUGAGAGUUUGGUGCAGGGUAGCAUGUCAGUCACAGAUUACGAGGCUCGAUUCUGUCAGUUGUCAAGACAUGCCUCUGCUUUGAUUUUAGGUGAGCCUGAGCGGAUUCGCAGAUUUGUCAGGGGUUUGACUCCCACUAUCCGUAGUUAUGUGUUUAGAUCAUCUCGAGAGGGUGCUUCCUUCCAGACUAUAGUGAGUGCAGCCAGAGAGGCUGAGUUGCUUGAGCAGGAUGAUUUUGGUGGGCCCAAGAGGGUCCGUACAGGUGGUCAGUAUUCGGGUACCUCGUCAGGAGGUAGGGGCCCACACAGGGGAGGCGGGUCCUUCCUGCGUCAGAGGCCAGUACAUGCUUCAUUACCAGCUAUCGAGGGUGGGCCAGCAGCUCGGGGUCUUUCAGGUUCGGGUCGAGGUGGUUAUAGCAUUACUUCGGGUUCUCCACAGUCAGGAUCCACACCGAGGUCUUGUUAUGGUUGCGGUGAUCCAGGCCACUUGAUUCGUCAGUGUCCACUUCAGACUCAGUCUGGACCACACCGUACUGUCUCCGCGGUCCCAGAGAGAGAUUCAGCACCUCCAGCUAGAGGUCGGGGUCGGGGACCAGCAUCUGGUAGAGGCGGACGAGCUUCGGGUAGAGGUGCUAGUGGCGCCUCAGGUUCACAGAGUGGGGGCAGAGGUGCCCAAUGUUAUGCUUUUCCUGGGAGGCCCGAGGCUGAGGCUUAUGAUGCAGUUAUCACAGGUAUCAUCUCAGUUUGUCAUCGGCCUGCUUCCGUGCUAUUUGAUCCUGGUUCUACAUUCUCAUAUGUGUCUACAUAUUUUGCUUCCGGCCUUGAGUUGACUUGUGAUCGUAUGUCUGUGCCUAUUAGAGUCUCUACACCCGUAGGUGAACCCUUAGUGGUGAAUCGAGUGUAUCGAUCUUGUCUUGUUGUCUUAUCGGGGUAUGAGACCUGGGUGGAUAUGAUUCUUCUUGAUAUGUUAGACUUUGAUGUCAUAUUGGGUAUGGACUGGCUUUCCCCCUAUCAUGCGCUUCUUGAUUGUUAUGCUAAGACUGUCACCUUAGCUAUUCCGGGUAUUCCUAGAGUGAAGUGGAGAGGGACUAGUGGUUCGUAUCCCAACAGGGUCAUAUCUCAUAUUCGGGCUCAGAGGAUGAUUGACCGGGGUUGUUUAUCUUAUUUGGCCUUUAUUCGGGAUGUUGGAGCUGAGUCACCGGCCAUGGAGUCUAUUCCGGUGGUUCAGGAGUUCCCUGAUGUGUUUCCCGAGGAUCUACCUGGUGUUCCUCCUGUUCGUGAUAUUGACUUCUCUAUCGACUUGGAGCCGGGCACCAAGCCCAUAUCUAUUCCACCUUAUCGUAUGGCUCCAGCUGAGUUGAAGGAGUUGAAGGAUCAGAAUCAGGACUUAUUGAGUAAAGGAUUCAUACGCCCUAGUGUGUCGUCUUGGGGUGCACCGCUUCAGGGAGCAGCCUUGUUCUCUAAGAUCGACUUGAGAUCUGGGUAUCAUCAGUUGAGGAUUAAGCCUUCAGAUGUGGCGAAGACAGCUUUUCGCACACGAUAUGGUCAUUAUGAGUUUUUGGUGAUGUCAUUUGGGCUCACCAAUGCCCCUGCGACGUUCAUGGAGUUGAUGAAUGGAGUGUUUCGCCCAUACUUGGAUUCUUUCGUAAUUGUGUUUAUUGAUGACAUCUUGGUAUAUUCCAAGACCGAGGCGGAUCAUGUUUGUCAUUUGAGGGCCGUGCUACAGAAGUUGAGAGAUGAGAAAUUGUAUGCUAAAUUGUCUAAGUGUGAGUUUUGGCUUGAGUCAGUGGCUUUCCUAGGGCACGUGGUGUCUAAGGAUGGAGUUAGGGUUGAUCCGGCCAAGAUUGAGGCAGUUCAGGGUUGGACUAGACCUACAUCACCUACUGAGAUUCGGAGUUUUGUUGGCUUGGCGGGUUACUAUCGGCGUUUUGUUCAGGGAUUCUCUACUAUAGCUGCGCCGUUGACCAGAUUGACUCAGCAGACGGUUCCUUUUCAUUGGUCACCCGAGUGUGAGGCGAGCUUCCAAAGGCUCAAAUCCCUAUUGACUUCAGCACCUGUCUUGACUUUGCCAGAGGAGGGUGUUGGAUUUACUGUUUAUUGUGACGCUUCGGGUGUUGGACUUGGAGGUGUUUUGAUGCAGAAGGGUAAGGUUGUAGCAUAUGCCUCUAGACAGCUGAAGGCACACGAGAGGAAUUACCCAACUCAUGAUUUGGAGUUGGCGGCUGUGGUAUUUGUGCUUAAGUUGUGGAGACAUUACCUAUAUGGUGUUCAUUGCGAGGUAUUUACUGAUCAUAGGAGCCUACAGUACAUAUUCACUCAGCGGGAUCUGAACUUGAGACAGCGUAGGUGGCUUGAGUUGCUCAAGGACUACGACAUGACCAUUUUGUAUCACCCCGGGAAGGCCAAUGUGGUGGCCGAUGCCUUGAGUAGGAAGACUUCUAGUAUGGGGAGUCUUGCCGCGAUCAGUGUUGAGAGGCGGCCUUUGGUUCGGGAUGUUCAGAGGUUAUUUGACUGUAUGGUGAGAUUUCGGGUUUCUGAGGAGAGUAGAGGUGUGUUUGCCUUCAUUGAAGCCCGUUCAUCUUUGAUGGAGCAGAUUAGAGAGCAUCAGUAUGAGGAUGGGAAGUUAUGUCUUAUCCGGGACAAGGUGAUGAGUGGUGAAGCCAAGAAGGCUAAGAUUGACUCCGAGGGUGUAUUGAGGAUUGAGGGCCGGAUAUGUGUGCCCAAGAGGGAUAUUGCAGAGUUUGUGGCUAGGUGCUUGACAUGUCAGCAGGUCAAGUGCGAGCACCAGAAGCCUGGUGGUGUGACGCAGAGGAUGCCCAUUCCUACUUGGAAGUGGGAGAGGAUUGCUAUGGACUUCGUAGUUGGAUUGCCUACCACCGUGGGUGGUUAUGAUUCUAUAUGGGUGGUCGUCGACAGAUUGACCAAGUCUGCUCAUUUCAUCCCGGUCCGAGUGAGGUAUACAGCGGAGAAGUUGGCUCAGAUUUAUAUUAGUCAGAUUGUACGGUUAUACGGAGUGCCGGUGUCCAUUGUGUCUGACAGGGGUUCAGUAUUCACUUCUCAUUUCUGGAGAGCAUUACAGCAUGAUUUGGGCACUAGACUCGACAUGAGCACAGCUUUUCACCCUCAGACUGACGGUCAGUCUGAGAGGACUAUUCAGGUGUUGGAGGACAUGCUUCGGGCUUGCGUGAUCGACUUUGGUACUAGAUGGGAUCAACACUUGCCAUUGACAGAGUUCGCCUACAACAACAGUUAUCAUUCUAGCAUUGGGAUGGCACCUUUUGAGGCACUGUAUGGUAGGCGGUGUAGAUCACCUAUUGGAUGGUUUGAUUCAGCGGAGGUGGACUCCCUUGGUACUGAUAUUCUUAGAGAGGAUAUGGAGCGUGUUCGUGUGAUUCAGAGUAGGCUCUUGAUUGUCCAGAGUAGGCAGAAGAGCUAUGCUGACAGGAGGGUUCGACCCUUAGAGUUCAUGGUGGGUGAUCGAGUUUGUCUUCGGGUAUCGCCAUGA